AAUUUUUCCAGCGGCUGCGAGGGCGGCCGGGUGCAGCCUCUGGCCCCGCCGCCUGCUCCGCUCCGCACUGCACUGCACUGCACCGCUCCGCACUGCACCGAUCCACACCGCACUGCACCAUGCAGCGCGCCCGCCGCCUCCUCCUCCUCCUGCUGCUGCUGCUCCGGGCACCGGCCGCCAGCGCAGCCGGCGGCGGCGCGGAGCUGGACGUGGUGACCCCCGAGCGCGUGGGGCUGGAGAAGAUCCACCUGCUGGAGCCGGCGGGGGAAGCGCGGCGGGGCAGCCUCCGGCGCCCGCGUGCCCUGCCCCUGCCCCUGCCCCUGCCCGGCAGCGAGGAGGAGGAGGAGGAGGAGGAGGCCGCCGUGCUGCUGCUGCGGCUGCCCACCUCCGGCUCGGAGCUCUACGUGCACCUCCGGCGGGACCCGCGCUUCCUGGCGCCCGGCUUCGCAGUGGAGGAGUGGGGCGAGCCCGGCCUGGCCCGCAGCCGCCCCCCGGAGCUGCCCGACUGCUUCUACACGGGCCACGUGCUGAACCGCACCGACUCCUUCGCCUCCCUCAGCACCUGCGCUGGGCUGAUUGGCUACAUCCAGGUCGGGUCAGAACACCUGCUAAUACAACCGGUGAAUAUCUCGGAAACCUCGUUCAGCGGAAAAGAGCACUUCAUCCGGCGCAAACGGUCCUCAAAAUCCAGCCCUCCCGUGAGGUUGCGGGGUCCCGAUGAACACUGCAGAGUCGUAUCUGAGAAGAAGAGGCAAAAGAAGAUCAAAUCAGUAAAUGACUGGAGAGAGCGAAGAAACGCCAUUCGACUCACCAAUGAGUAUACGGUAGAGACCCUGGUAGUGGCUGAUGCCAACAUGGUCCAAUACCAUGGUGCUGAGGCAGCCCAAAGAUUCAUCCUCACAGUUAUGAACAUGGUGUACAACAUGUUUCAACAUCAGAGUCUUGGAAUUAAAGUCAGCAUUCGGGUGACAAAGCUAGUCCUCCUUCGAAACCGUCCAGCAAAACUGUCCAUUGGGCACCAUGGAGAGAGGUCGCUGGAGAGCUUUUGCCACUGGCAAAAUGAAGAAUACGGUGGAGCCAAGUAUCUUGGUAAUAAUCAGGUUCCUGGCGCCAGGGAUGACACCCCACCUGUGGAUGCUGCCGUCUUCGUUACCAGGACAGAUUUCUGCGUACACAAGGAUGAACCCUGUGACACUGUGGGGAUUGCUUACCUGGGAGGCGUAUGCAGUGCCAAGAGAAAGUGUGUUCUUGCAGAAGACAACGGUCUCAAUCUGGCGUUUACCAUUGCUCAUGAGCUUGGGCACAACAUGGGGAUGAGCCAUGAUGAUGACCAUUUAGCCUGUGCAGGGAGGUCACACAUCAUGUCCGGAGAGUGGGUGAAGGGCAGGAAUCCCAGUGACCUUUCUUGGUCUUCCUGCAGCCGUGAUGACCUCGAAAACUUCCUCAAGUCCAAGGUCAGCACCUGCUUGCUGGUUACCGACCCCCGAAGCCAGUACGUGGUGCGGCUUCCUCACAAGCUGCCGGGGAUGCACUACAGCGCAGAUGAGCAGUGCCAGAUCCUCUUUGGGACCAACGCCACUUUCUGUAAGAACAUGGAGCAUUUGAUGUGUGCUGGGCUCUGGUGUCUGGUGGAAGGAGAUACAUCUUGUAAAACCAAGCUGGACCCACCUCUGGAUGGCACCGAAUGUGGCGCAGACAAGUGGUGCCGAGCUGGGGAAUGCGUCAGCAAGACUCCCAUCCCGGAGCACGUGGACGGAGACUGGAGCGUGUGGAGCCAAUGGAGCAUGUGCAGCAGGACGUGUGGCACUGGCGUCCGGUUCAGACAGCGCAAGUGUGACAAUCCCCCCCCAGGGCCGGGAGGCAAGAACUGCCGCGGGGCAAGUGUGGAGCACACCGUGUGUGAAAAUUUGCCCUGUCCUAAAGGCGUGCCCAGCUUCAGGGACCAGCAGUGCCAGUCUCACGAGAGAUACAGCGCAAAGAAGAAAAGCCUCUUGACAGCUGUCAUUGUGGAUGAUAAGCCGUGUGAACUUUUCUGCUCUCCGCUGGGAAAGGAGUCCCCCGUGCUGGUGGCCGACAGGGUUCUGGACGGCACGCCCUGCGGGCCUUACGAGACAGACCUCUGCGUUCAUGGCAAGUGCCAGAAAAUCGGCUGCGAUGGGAUCAUCGGGUCAGCCGCCAAAGAGGAUCGCUGUGGGAUCUGCAGCGGCGAUGGCAAAACCUGCAAAGUGGUGAAAGGCGAUUUCAAUCACACCAAGGGAAUGGUAACCAAUAGUCACUGUAAGAAGGUUUCCACGUGUGUGAUGACAAAGGCAAAGGCUGUUCCCAAGUGUUUCUCAUGUUAUAUCGAAGCAGCUGUGAUCCCCGCCGGUGCUCGCCGGAUCCGAGUGGUGGAGGAUAAACCUGCUCACAGCUUUCUGGCUUUAAAAGAUUCCAGUAAGAGAUCCAUUAACAGCGACUGGAAAAUUGAGCUUCCCGGAGAGUUUCAGAUCGCAGGCACUACCGUCCGCUACGUCCGAAGGGGGCUGUGGGAGAAAAUCUCUGCCAAAGGACCAACUAAAAUACCACUGCAUUUGAUGGUGCUGUUAUUCCACGACCAGAAUUACGGAAUUCAUUACGAGUACACCAUCCCCGUAAACUACACCGCCGAAAACGGGAGCGAGCCCGAAAAGCAGCCGGAUUCGUUGUACAUCUGGACGCACAGCGGCUGGGAAGGAUGCAGCGUGCAGUGUGGCGGAGGUGAGCGGAAAACCAUCGUGUCCUGCACGAGAAUUGUUAACAAGACCAUGACACUGGUGAAUGACAGCGAGUGCCAGCGUGCAACUCGCCCGGAGCCCCAGAUCAGGAAGUGUAACACGCACCCCUGCCAGUCACGAUGGGUGACCGGCCACUGGAGCCCCUGCUCGGCCACCUGUGAGAAAGGCAUCCAGCACCGGGAAGUGACUUGUGUGUACCAGUUGCAGAACGGCACCUACGUCAACACCAGAGACCUCUACUGCCUUGGCCACAAACCAGCAACGAUUCAGAGCUGCGAGGGCCGCGACUGCCUUUCUAUCUGGGAGGCAUCGGAGUGGUCCAAGUGCUCGGCAGAUUGCGGCAAGGGCAUCCAGAAGAGAACAGUAACGUGCACAAAUUCGCAAGGAAAAUGCGACGCAGCCACCAGGCCGAGGGACGAGGAGGAGUGCGAAGAUCACACAGGCUGCUACGAAUGGAAAACAGGAGACUGGUCUAAGUGCUCCUCCACCUGCGGAAAAGGCCUCCAGUCACGCGUGGUGCAGUGCAUGCACAAAGUCACCGGCCGCCACGGCAAUGAGUGCCCGGUCCUGUCCAAGCCAGCAGCCUACAGGCAGUGCCAUCAAGAAGCCUGCAACGAGAAGAUAAAUGUCAACACAAUUACCUCGCCCCGACUUGCUGCUCUCACGUAUAAGUGUACAGGGGACCAGUGGACGGUGUACUGCAGGGUGAUCCGCGAGAAGAACCUGUGCCAGGACAUGAGGUGGUAUCAACGCUGUUGCCAGACUUGCAGAGACUUUUAUGCAAACAAGAUGCAGCAGAAGAGUUAAUGAACCGGUGCUACUUCUUAGGGUAUUACAGCUGUGUGUAUGUAAAUCAUGGACUAGUAGGUCUGAGUACUGGAACUUAAUGAAUUGCUACAGUGCGGUGGAUUCCAAAGCAUACCUAAUAAGACUUGAAACUAAUUCUGCAGACUGGAUGUACCAAAGUAAUCCACUCCUCCACCUUACAAACACGAACAAAGAGUCAUCUCAAGGAGCCAAUCAUGUAGAAUGAUAUUGUGUUUGGCAGCAUCACCUUCUUCAUUCAUGCUUUUUACUUUAAUAUAUUAAUUACUAGCCACUGGAUGGCUUGCUACCGUUAAAAAAAGGACAAGAGUUGCAAAGUGAUUGAACUGACCAAGGUUGUGUGUGCCUCAGUCAGGGGGAAGCCUCUGGCAAAUAAUUUAGCAAAGGUAUAGACAUUACUUAAUGCUUCAGUCUUGGCUUCCCUUCCAGCUGAUGUUCUUAAUUCCCAACAGUUACGGUGCUAUGGGGUGGGCUCGGAGAGACACACAUAAAUGAAAUGCUUAAUUUAACAAAGGGGAUUUGCUAUAAAAGCUUGUGAAAACUGAUAGCAGAGGAUGGGCGUCUCUGAGAUUUCUGCAGCAAGCUCAGUGCUAUUGUAUCCAACACUCCAGGUAGUAGACUUUUUUCUUUAAGCAAUCAUACUAAUGGGGGAUUUUUUAUCCUCUCCAGUUCUGGACGCACAUCUCUCUCUCUGUCUCCCUCCCUCCCUCCCUCUCUCAUUCUCAAAAUGCAUUUUCUUUCCUGGCCCAUUUCUUCCAUUUCUCUGAGCUUAAAAGAGACUAGAAACUUAUUAACCCGGCAUCAAAAAGUGAGAAACAUCUGGGAGUAGCCAGAAACCAUUUUCACUCGUAGGGUUUAUUGGGGCACACUCUCUUGUUUCAUCUCCUCUUUCCAACUGUUAGAAAUCAAUCCGAUAAGGAGGCCGAAUGUCGUUUCUUAAGGGCACUGUGAAACUGUGUUAGGAUGUAUCAGAAGUAGAGACUGGGACAAUAUUUGCAUGGGGUUACACUAGAAACCCAAAACAGGUCUUUCCCACCUGUGGGCUCUGCAUCGUUGUUAUGUUAUAAAGCCUUUGGGAGACAAAUAUAAGAGGCAGCAGUUAGCAAGUACGUGGAAUGAAAUCCCAUCUUACUGAAAGCCAACACUUCUGUGGCCUUCACAUGGGCCAAGAGUUUGCUCUUUGUGUCUAAAUGCUUCUUGUUUCAUCUGGGGUGUUAUUGGGCUUGCCUUAUCAGGGCAGCUGGCAAGUGCUGUAUAAAUAACCCUCAACACAUCUCAUUUCUUCCCUGAGAUGCAAGAUAGGAACAGGAGCUGCCAACAAGGCAGCAUUUGUCCCUCUCAUGUGUCUUUGCAAAUCAGUGCAUCUCUGUAAGUCAGACCUGGACCCUGUCCCCUGCCAGGCCACGUGGCCACCUGUGUAGCACUUCAUUACACUCUUGCUCACUGUGCUGUUAACAGAAAUUUUGCAUGAAUUACAGCUUUGUGCUUGCUCUAGCCCCCUACAUUCAUAUUUACUUACUUGGAGAUUCAAGCACAGUUCACAUCCCAAACACUGGGGAAGCCUGGGUCCAGAUAUCAGUGUCGUGACCCUCCACCUCUCUUUCCUGAUGUCAUUUGUAUUAUUAUUAUCGCUACUAUUUCCUUGCAUUAAUGUGAUGAGAGAUGCCCUUGGCAACCAACAUUUUUAAAACCGCUUUUUCUCCCAGGUUCAGGGUCUUUCAGUAUCCAGGAUAUAAUUGAGACCUCUUGUUACCACUUGGAGCUAAACUUUCUAAAUGGGAACCUCGUGUUCACCUGCACACUGGUAACCACGCGUGCAUCCUGUCGCCCAGGCAAAACGUGUACUUGCUUGUGCAGAUGGGCACUUGUGCGCAGAAGUGCUGGUCUGCAUGCAUAAAGCCAUACUUGCAUGCACAGCAACCUCUCAGCAGGCACUCGGUGCUAACAAACCUACUUGCCCCAUUUCUGUGUCAGGGAAAUUAUUCAGUCUUGUUAGAGCAGACACUCCUCUUGCCGCAGUUACAGUCAGAAUCAAACCUUCCCGUCGGACAUUCACCUUCAGGCCUAAGUUCAGAGGUGGCAUAGAUGGGAGUAUGAAGGGUCCAUCCACACCACUGCAGGCAAGGUGUCCCAGCCAGGACUUCACUGGGCAUGGCAGUCCCACUUGCUCCCACUCUUCUCCUCUAGGCCCAGAAAUGCACCAGCAAGGCUGCUCCUGGGUUAUCCCAGCAGCUGCUCUCGGGCACACCAGAGACUGAGGUCUCAAAAGUGAAGAUGCCCCGGGGCACCGGCAUAUUUCCAGGUUGGGAGCAGGUGGGAGUGGGGAGAUGUCAGCUGGGGUGCUCCGCCACUGAGGUGUGGACCUGGUCUAUGUUACCCAUUGCUCUAAGAACCAAUCAUCAAAGGAUGAAGCUGAUGCUUGAGGCAAAAGAUGUAGCAGAAAGCUACAACGAUGGCCUAAAAAACUGCUCACCGUACAGACAGUCUAGCCUAUCAUUACAUGUAAAUUAUAUUCCAUUACGCCGACCAGCCGACACACAUCCCUUGGGCUGCCAUUUAUUUCACCUCCUGUCUUAGCCACCGUUUGCAAAGGGAUUUGUGUCCUUGUUAGGUUAUUUUUUUUUAGGGUAAUCCUUCAGCUCAUGCUGUGGCAUUGCGCUAUGAGAUGCUGCACCCUGGCGCUCCGUUUCUGGGAUGCCAGCGUUGCGAGUGAUACUUGUCAUAGCCUUUUGCAUAAAACCGUUCUGUUCUCUUCCCAAUGCUACAGAAUGGGUUUCUGAAGCAGUGGGAGUGUUUUCACCUCAUCGGCACGCUCCGCGGGCGGUGGAGCGACUCCCCCGCGGUUCAGAGGGCUUUUUGAGUCCAGCCCAAGUUUGCAUCUAUCAAACGGGACGUGAGUGCGCCGCUGUAACGUAGAGAUUUCUUUUGAAUGUCUGAGCACUGAAAACAGUGUCGCGGCUCUCAAAGGAAAGGUUCGUAGGCUAAUUUGUGCCCUUUUUUUUUUUUUAAAGCAGAACCCCUCAUCGUGUACAAAUGGAUGGCAUAACAAGCUGGACCCAAUCGGUUAAAUUUUCCCAUUUGAUCUCCUGAUGAGCCUAAAUCCCCUUCCGUUUUACAAUGGCCAAAAACUUUGAUGAAUAUAUUUAAUUCUGGUCAAAACCCCUGCACUUCUGCUUUGUACCAUUUCCUAGGAGCUUUGACUAUGAAUCUACAGCGAUGCCCUGUCCCCAGUUACUACAUACCAGUGAAAAGAAAGCUGGUUCAGCAUAGCUAUGCCAAUCCUUUUUUUUUUAUUCGGUGGUUGUUCACAAGAGAUUGAUGCUCUUUGAUUACAAUGGUGGUGUUUCCAUAUUGUAACCAAUACUCUCUGUACUGUUUCUAAAGUACUGUACAUUACUAGUUGCACAAUUGUGUUAUUGAGUGUAGAUUCUCACUAUCUUAUGUAUGGUGCUAUUUUUUUUUUAUUGGUGAAAAAAGAAUCUUAGCAGUCAAUUAUUGCUUGAUAUUUUAUUAUAAUACAGGGAUAUAUCCUCCAUGGCAAUCAUAUCAUUUAAGUUUUUCAUUACAAAGUGAAAUGUAUAUAUUUUUCCAUUAGUUAAUUUACAUAUGUACUGUAUCCAUGAUAAUAUUUUUUUUUUUUUUUUUGGUGCUGGCUAUAAAUAGAAAAAAAGAAAAAAAAAGAAACAGUCAAACUAAAUGGAACCAGUUGUAAAUUCAAACCAAAACAGGAUCAUUCCAUUUUGGCACAGAUUGAAUAUGUUUAAUAAUAAAUUUAUUUUUCCAUAGCAAUUUUAAUAAGGGUUUUGAACUUGAAAACAAGCCCACACAAAGCAAACCAAACAGCUAACUGUGAAAAUAAAGAAGAAAUAGUGAGGCCAUGAGCAAUACAUUAUGCAUCUGUCUAAUACUUGACUGAGACUUGGAUUCAAAUGAAUCCAGGGCCCAACAUUGACAGCUGUGGUAGGUGGAAGAGGUCAUUUGUCAGUAAAAUAUUGGCAGCUCAGAGUUCCCAGUGUGCUAACAAAUCAAGAGGUGAUGGGUCUUGUCCCUGUGCAGUUGCAGAAUAAAGUACAGGGAAUGUUAAUAUUUAGCUAAGGCCAAAUGCGCUCUCUGGUCAAUGAGACACAAAAGCAGAAAAUGCCGGUGUGGAAAAAAAUGACCUUGUCUCCUUUUGGGAUCUGCCAUGUGGGCCUUACAAGGCGGCUGGGAACCAAAAGCUUUUUGCACGGGAGAAGGAAAUUGUACAAGUGGAUUUCAGAGAGCGGUUUCUUGUGAUGUGUGUUGAAGUCCGGGUGAAGCAGCAGCCUUGCUGGACAGUCAUGGGUAGCUGCUGCACGGCUUAUAAAUGAGAGUUGCUGAGCAUGUGGAAAUUAUAUUGGAGUAAAAACUAUCCUGCCCAUUUGAAAGGUAUCUGCGUAACUUAGCUGGACACUUUGUUGGUGUGAAAUAAACCGAGUUACUUCAA